AUGCACGUCUACGUUCACAGCGCCAACCCUUGGCUCGAUGACCACGUUAGAGCAUGCAUCAGACGACAUAUUCCAGAUGCUACCUGUCAUGAAAAUUACGCUGAUAUUCCCGAAGAUGUGGAUGAAAUUUAUCAGUUCCUCAAUGGCUGGGAGCUAAACCACCACUUUGCGGUGCUGAAUAGGGCCAAGCACGGACUCCUCAACGCGUAUCCCAACAGCGACGCACUGGCCCGGAAAGACCACAUGGCAAAGGUUGUUGACUAUUGGGUUACCAAGAGACCCGAAAGCAUCCUCAAAGGCCACAGCCCUGCUACUAUCCAGUUGUCUCUGGACUAUAGCGAAUAUGUCGAAGACUCGCUAGCUGCGGCAGAUGACUUGACUCUGCUGUACUCACUUGAGGAUAACGAGACGAAAGAUGCGUCGAAACGAGACUGGUGGAUUCUCAAGCCUGCUAUGAUCGACUGUGGGCACGGUAUCCGGAUCUUCAGCACUAUUGACGAACUCGCCGACAACCUCGAAUUGGCUGCUGAUAUCUCGGAAGAAGAUGAAGACACAGACGAGGACGCCGAACUUGUUGAAGCCAAACACGACAGUGACAAUGACUCGAACGGAUUCAACCCCAGCUUGUCAGCGCCUGGCCUAAAUUCCCUGGAUGCCCUCAUAACGGCAACCGGAAAACUCUCCGUCAAUGGAACGGACAAAAACAUGAAUGCCACAUCCAAGUUCCAAGACCUUGUGAUUGACGAAAACGAGCGCAUCCCAUCCGCUCUGCUUCGAGAGUUUGUCGUACAGCAAUACAUCGUUUCAAUCCCGCCCAUAGAUGGAAGAAAAUGGCAUGUCCGAGCAUAUGUUCUCUCAGUGGGACGUCUAAAAGUACACGUCUUUGAUGAGAUGCUUGCUUUGCUCGCCCUUGACGACUACGAGCCGCCGUGGAAGAACCCAAGUCUCAAAUCAUCUCUGACCAACACUGCGCUGCAAGACGAGGAGGAGUUUAUGAGCAGAGAGUCGAUGAGAGACUUUUGGAAGCUUGCGGAUGACCUACUUCCAGGGAACUGGAAACAAAGCGUAUUCGACCAAGCAUGCCAGAUUUCGGGAGAGUUGCUCCGCGCAGCUGCCCAUACCAUGGCAGAUAAAUUCACGCCGCUGGACAAGUGCUUCGAGCUCUUUGCCAUAGACUUCCUGGUAGACUCGAACGGCACUGCAUGGCUACUAGAGGUGAAUGAAACACCCGCGUUCUAUGAACAGGGGUAUGCUGGUGAGCUGGCUCAAAGACUCAUGGAGUCGGUGGUCUGCAUGACGUUGGAGCACAUGGGGAGGGCGGACUUGGGGGAUGCGCAGAACGUGGAAGCGAGGGAGCGUAUGGUGGGGGUUUUGGAUGCGACGAAGGAGUUGGCGAAGAGCAAUAUCACCGAGAUCUUGCCAGGGGCUAUAUAA